CUGACCGAACUGCCUAGGCCUAUUUGUGGAGCUCCAUCGGGACCCAACAACAGGCCCAGGCGCAUGACACCAAGAGUUGAGGGAACGGGCAGCAACCCUCGCCUACUCCCCACGGGAUCCUCGCCGCCGGCCGCCGUGACCCUUUGCCCAUGGCUGACGGUAGCAUCAACAACGACUCAAGCAACAACGUGGCUGAUGGCGACAACACUGCUGCAAAUGAUGGUCCCCUCCACGCCGUGGACCACAUCGUCCUGGUAGAGGACGGCAUGGCCCCCGCCGCGAUGGAGAACGGCACCGUCGACAGCGGCGGCUCCGAUGCCGGUGCCAAGGACUUGGACUUCGCCGCCGCCGCCAAUCUCAAGCAACGCACCACGUCCUCUCUCUGGGUGUCCGUGCCGUACGCCGUCGUCACGUCGCUGGCGCUGUGGCCCGUCGCCGACCGGCCACGGAGCGUGGUGUGGGUGUUCUCGGCCAUCACCAGCGCCUUCCUCGUCCUGUGCGCCAUCGACCUCACGCGGACGAUGCGCGCGCGCACCGUGUUCUUCUCCGUCUCCUACGUCGCGCUGGCCGCCGCCGCCGCCGCGCACCUGAGCCCCCGCACCGGCAUGGUCGUCAUGCAUCUCGACACGGCCUACGCCGCCGGCCUGUUCGGGUUCGCCCUCGCCGAGCACAGGCAGUUCACCGGCGCCGAAACGUCCGCUGCCGCGGUCCCCAUGCCGCCGCCAGCCUCCCCCGGCGAAGAGGAGCUCAAGCGAGGCGCGGACAACACCAAAACUGCGCCCUUCCUUUCGGCGGUCGUCUCGUUGUUGUGCGCAGGGUGCGCAGCGUUCGUGCUGUGCUACACCAAGGACACUUACGGGCUCGUCAUGGAGGUGUCGUUCCUCGUCGACCUCUCCAUCUUCUGCUGGAUUUGCACCCUGGCACUGCAGUUCCUGCACGGUGUCUUCAUCGAGGUGCAUCACAUGACUGCCACGUAUUUGUUUGGACCUCCAUCGCUUGGCCUGCUGGAAAUCGCAGUCUCCUACUUCUUGGGCAAGGCGGUAGGGACGUUGGUCAACUCCCUCGGCAUGAUUGCCAUGGCUGGAUUGUUUGGGUACUGCCUUGGCAUAUACGCCCAUCACAAGCAUUUGGUAGCAUUGGAGUUGGAGGCGUCGUCUACGGAAGUCAGCAAACUGCCUCUAGUUCAAGAUUCUACUGAAACACUCACCAAACAAGAGGUUUGAAAUUAAUGCGGUGCAAAAGGAGGUGAUGAUACUUAUUGUUUUGCAGUUAAAAUGCAAGAUUCUCAAUCUGAAGAAACUAUUGUAGUCAAAUGCUUUCGCUAGGAUGCCGACAAGGUUUGGUAGAUUUGAAAAGGUUUUUAGGUCAUCACCUAUAUGUCUAGUUUUCAUGCAGUAUAUGCAGUUAGUCGGUUUAAAUUCUUGUUGCUCCUGUAGUUUUCUGACGAAGCUUUUCAGACUCUAGUGUUGGGUCGGCUAGUACUUCAGUGGAAUGAAUCAUUCAGUUGUGCAAA